AUGACUCUUGGUGAAAAAAAUAAAAACAAGAAUAACAAAACCAUCUUACUUGUUGGUGAAACAGGAACAGGAAAAUCUGCUCUGAUCAACGCUCUGGUCAACUACGCCAUGGGAGUGGAGUGGGAGGAUGAUGUCUGGUUUAAGAUCGUAGAGGAGGAGAAGAGAAGUCAAGUAGAAAGUCAGACAUCAGAUGUGAUCGUGUACCAGAUCUUUGGUUUUGAAGGUAAAACUCUGCCCUACUCUCUGACCAUCAUCGAUACUCCUGGAUACGGAGACAUCAGAGGGAUCGAACAAGAUGUCAUCAUCAGUCAAAGAUUAACUGACUUGUUCCAGUCAGAAGAUGGAGUUCAUGAGAUUAAUGCAGUGGGUCUGGUGAUGAAAGCGAGUGAGAAUCGACUGAGUGACCGACUGAGGUACAUCUUUGAUUCAGUGAUCUCUCUGUUUGGAAAAAAUAUAGAGAAGAAUAUUGUCGCCCUCAUCUCACACUCAGAUGGUGUGACACCUGAAAAUGUUCUGAAUGCUCUCAAGGAUGCAAACAUUAAAUGUGCCAAAGACGAAGAUGGUGAGCCUGUUCAUUUUAUGUUCAACAACCACCAGAGCAGAGAGAAAACAAAGAAAAAUAAGGAUGCUCUAAAAGCUGCAUGGGUAAUGACAAUUAACCAUAUGGGUGAAUUUGCUGAUUUCCUGACUCAACAAUCCUAUCAGAGCCUGAUGACAACUAUUAAAGUUAUGAAAUCCCAAACCAGACUGACAGCCUGCAUCAACAACCUGCAGGAGAGAAUCAAGGAGAUUGAUCUAAAACAGAAAGAAAUCCAACAGACUCAGGAAGCUCUGAAGAAACAUGAAGAAGAGAUGAAGAAGAAUGAGAAGUUCACUGAAGAAGUUGAUGAGCCCUACAGAGUUAAACAAAGAGUUGUUAGAGAGAGGAGGUGGUGGGCACUUAGGUUAAACUAUGGAGGAGCUGUCUGCUGUACUGUCUGUAAGGAGAACUGUCACUAUCCAUGCCCACUGGCCUGGUAUCCAAAACACUGUGAGGUCAUAAAAGAUGGCCACUGCACUGUAUGUACCGGGAAGUGUCCUGCAUCAGAUCAUGUGAAGGAAGAACAAUGCAUUGACUGUGAGGGUGAGUGUUCAGAUGAAUCAAGGCAUGUCAAAACCCCCUGGAUCUAUGUGACCAAGACGAGGAAAGUUCAGAAGACCCUGGAAGAUGUGAAGGACAAGUAUGAAAAGAACAAGGCAGAAAGUGAGGACAAGUCACGCCUUUUGGAAACUCUUAAAAAAGACAUGGAAGCCCUUCAGCAAGAAAAAGAUCAGUUGUUGGAAAAGUCCUUUCAGCAUGUUGUCCACCUGGAGCAGAUCGCCCUGAAUGUAAAUUCACUGUCCACUCGUGUCCACUUGGACUUCCUGAUUGAGAAGAUGAAGAAGAAAGGAGAUACAGUGAAGGAGAAAAAACUGCAAGAGAUGAAAAGUCAAAUGGAUAAAGAUGAAGGAAUCAAGGCAGCGCUGCGCUACAAGUUUGGUAAACUAAGAGAUUAA